AGAAUGCCUCGGAGCAGAGUCUGACAAGCCGGCGUCGGAGAAGGUGAUAAGUUAGCAGAACUGGGAUUACUGAGUAAAGAUGGGCAAUCUUCACAGGAAUGACACAUUCUGACAGGAUCGAGUCACAGGAUUUGCAACAGUGUUUCUCCAGCUGAAAUGGAUACGGCUCUUCUCCUGAUUUUGCAAGUAGUCUUAUGGCCAGGAGUCCCAGCCCUCUUCACUGUGGAGGUGACCAAGCCCUUCCAUCUCGCCGAGUUCCGCGGCAACGUGACGAUGGAGUGCAUAUUCCUGCCAGGGGGCGGUGAGGAGAGCCUGUCAGUGUUCUGGCGUCGCAUCUUGCCUGAGCCCCCCAUGGAGGUGUACAAGCUGGAGAACGGGAAGGAGGACCUGAGCUCCCAGGACCCCCAAUACAGAGACCGUGUGCGGCUGCUGAGGGAUGAGCUGAGGAGAGGACGGGCAGCACUGCAGAUCUCCCAUCUCAGGAUAAAUGACUCUGGGACAUACCAGUGUCUGGUGGAGAUGGGGGGAGCUGACUACAAACAGACUAUUCUCGCAGUAAAAGCUUCCUAUAAAUCCAUAAAUAAAAGCGUAAGGAGAAGUGGAAGAGAUGAGGUGGAACUGUUGUGCCAAUCCCAGGGCUAUCCCCAGGCCAGCGUGGUCUGGACAGAUGGGAGGGGCAGAAAUCUCACAGAGGAGGCCAACACUACGACAGUCAUUUCCUCUGACCAGCUCUUCCAUGUCACAAGUGGAAUAACUGUCAGAACCUCCAACAACACCUACACAUGUGCCUUUAUAAAGGAAGGGCUCAUGAGCCAGUCAGUUACAUUUCACAUUCCAGAGGAAAUACCUUGGAAGCAGACAGGAAAAGGUUCCCUUGUUGUAGCGGUGGUCGUACUGAUUGCUGUGACCUCCGCAGUGUGUGUGAUCAGUAUCCUGAUAUAUCGCAGGAGGGCAGGUUAUAAAGGACGCAACACAGCAGGAACCAUGGACUGUCUGAUCGAGAAGGACCCUUUCCCUGCACGUAUGCCUCCAGAAACUAACAUUGAAGUCCAGACCUCUGUUGAAGAAAAUGAGGGAGCAGUGGAAAAUCUGAGGGAGGUUCUGAGAAGAAGAUAUGCGAUGCUCUCCUCCGACACGGAGGAAGCGGAGUCGCACACAUCGUUCUGUGGCAAGGAGUUACCACAGCGCCUUCGGAACAGGGAUGGCUUGCCUUUGGGGGUCACUGCCCUACUGCCGGAUGUUGGGGAGACCAUUCUCCUGGAGGGCGAGCCUGGAAGUGGAAAAACCAGUGUGGCUGUCAGCCUGGCCUCAGCCUGGGCCCAGAACUCUGAGCGGGACCCCUUCGGCGUCAAGCAGAUUCACCUGCUCAUAUUAGUGACCUGCCAGGAGUCAACGGGCAGCCUGUUCCAGGAAAUGAUGUCACAGCUCAGCUUGGGUGGGGAGUUCACAGCCGACGCCCUGAGGGAUGUUUUGACAGGGCCAGCGGAAGCUCUGCUUGUCCUCGAUGGUUACAGAGAAGGGAAUGAUGAGCUGGAUGAGUCGCUGAGAAGAUUCCUGAGGGAACGGCAGACAUGCAGGGUGCUGGUGACGGCACGACCAGGACAGUGUGGCAACAUGACAGAGUAUCUCAGGACAGUACUGGUUCUCUGCAGAGAGUAAAGGAAGGUCAAGGACUCUGCUGAACAUAAACUCAAAGGCCCUAAUCAAACAGUGGAAAUUUUCACAAUUUCAUGACCACAGUUAACAUCUAACCUUAAUGGGAACUUUCUAGGCGUGAGAGCUAAAAAGCUUGAACAUUUUUCAGUUUUUAUUCUGAGUACCUUACAAACUUCCCUACCACUGACUAAAAACUGCUAUAUCAGCAAAUUAAAAAAAAAAAAAAACAGGAAGCUAUUUGAGUAUGAGUAAAAUUUGUAAUUUCUCUCAUGCUGCAAUGACAUUAAUCAA